ACUCAUCCACUGUAUGUGUUGUAGGUGGCCGGGAAAGGAGGGCAUUUGGUCACUCACACACUCAUUUCAUCGAUCAUAGUUACCAUUUCAUCUGCGCAUUUUUAUUUACAGGCAAAAGCACUUCCUCCUUCUCUCCUCAAGCCCUAACCUUUCUCCAACAGCUAUGGAUACACAGCUUUGGCUUUCCAGUUAAACCCGGUUUUCCAUAAAAACUACUACUUUCCUUUCCCGGUCCCAGCAUUUCCAGCCAACCGUGGGUACUUAUACUAAAUCCACACCUUUUUUCUUCUUAUAUUAGCUUAAGUACUAGCUCUCCCCCUCUCUUCAGUACCUAGUUGGAUCCCAGCCUUCUUCCCUUCUCUUUUCCUCUCCACAUAAUUUUCUAUAUAUAUGACCUUUAAGUUAUACUGUUGUGAUACAUAGCCCAGUUCUAGAGGAGAAGGGGAUUGAAAAGAAUAAAAGCGGCCUUUUUCUUUCUCCUCGGUGUUCUGUAAUUUGCAAGAGCUUGUUCUUCUUCUCCCUUCCUUUCUUACUUUCUCCUUCUUGGGUAAACAAGUUUGCUUUGACUGCCUACGGAACAUGUCGACCUGCAUCGAUGCUGCGUCUGAGCAACUCUGCUACAUCCCCUGCAACUUUUGCAACAUCGUGCUUGCGUCAAAGAAAAGUCAUAUCCGAAGGCCCUGAAGUCCUCAAAGGAGAGAGAGGGAGAGACAGAUUAUUGGUUUAGUUUAUUUUUUAUUUUUUUAACUGUGGGCUUUCAGAAUCCGGCCUCAAAACAAGCAUUUGAUGAUAAACCGAAGAGGACAAAACCUUGGCUCUCUGAUUUCCUCCAUAUGCCUGUAAGUGUUCCAUGCAGCAGCCUCUUUGACAUCGUGACGGUCCGAUGCGGGCACUGCACCAAUCUAUGGUCCGUGAACAUGGCCGCCGCGUUUCAGUCACUAUCAUGGCAAGAUGUUCAGGCGACGAAAUGCACAACGGAUUACAAGAUUGACUCGGGCUCCUCUUCCAAGUGCAAUAACAAAAUUGCAAUGCGAGCACAGACCACACAUGCAGCCACUGAGGAUAGGGUAGUGAAUCGACCUCCCGAGAAGAGGCAGCGAGUACCAUCUGCAUACAAUCAGUUUAUAAAGGAGGAGAUUCAGAGGAUCAAAGCCAAUAAUCCGGAUAUUAGCCACAGGGAAGCAUUUAGCACUGCUGCAAAAAAUUGGGCACACUUCCCUCAUAUUCAUUUCGGGCUGAUGUUGGAGACCAACAAUCAAGCUAAACUGCCCAAUGGCUCUGAUAAGCAUCUAAUGUCAAGGGCUUCUGCACUACUGAAUAAAUGAAGGCUGUCAUGAUUAAUCUUCCAAUCCACUUCAGUAAUAUGCACGUUCUUUAGUAAACAAAAGCCUUGACUUUGUUGUGGAUUAAGGACAGUUGAUUGUAUUUCAGACAAGUUGUUUUGGUAAUUUUAUUUAAUAAUUACAAGACUUAUGCGAGUACGA